GCAUGCGCAGUGGGCUUGCUCGCGCCACCGCCCAUCAGCUGAGACUGGCAGCCUAGGGCUGUGGGCCCCCGGGGUGACAGCGGCUGGCCCGGGAGGAGGAGGAAGCCGAUGAGGUUAGGGUGACUCCUAGAAAUCCAUGUAGCCUACUUGCAUCUGAUGAAAUCAGUCAGUCAGCCAACCAGCCAUGUCUUACACUCCAGGGAUUGGUGGGGACCCCGCCCAGCUGGCACAGCGCAUCUCUUCUAACAUCCAAAAGAUCACACAAUGCUCCGUGGAAAUACAAAGGACUCUGAAUCAACUUGGAACCCCUCAAGAUUCACCAGAAUUGAGGCAACAGCUGCAGCAGAAGCAGCAGUAUACUAACCAACUUGCGAAAGAAACGGAUAAGUACAUUAAGGAGUUUGGAUCACUGCCUACCACCCCCAGUGAGCAGCGUCAAAGAAAGAUACAGAAGGACCGCUUAGUGGCGGAAUUCACAACGUCGCUGACAAACUUUCAGAAGGCCCAGCGGCAAGCUGCUGAGAGAGAGAAAGAGUUUGUUGCCCGAGUGAGAGCCAGCUCCAGGGUAUCGGGUGGUUUUCCUGAAGACAGCUCAAAAGAAAAGAAUCUUGUAUCCUGGGAAAGCCAAACACAGCCUCAAGUCCAGGUCCAAGAUGAAGAAAUUACAGAGGAUGACCUCCGCCUUAUUCAUGAGAGAGAGUCUUCAAUCCGGCAGCUGGAAGCUGAUAUUAUGGACAUUAAUGAAAUAUUUAAAGACUUGGGGAUGAUGAUUCAUGAACAAGGAGAUGUGAUUGACAGCAUAGAAGCCAACGUGGAAAGUGCAGAGGUGCACGUCCAACAGGCAAACCAGCAGCUCUCAAGAGCAGCCGAUUAUCAGCGCAAAUCCAGAAAAACCCUUUGCAUCAUCAUUUUUAUCCUCGUUGUCGGGAUUGUGAUCAUCUGUCUCAUCGUAUGGGGACUGAAAGGCUGAGCCGUGAAGGAGCGGACCGCUGCGUGACGUUGUCUGGGUUGUGUAGGCAGAUGCUCGUGAUCGCUCUCUGGUACUAUUGUUACUUUAAGGCUGGGGUGUAAUGGAUGGUCCCGUACUUUGUCAUUCUUAUUGGGAAGGAGCUCCUUUUGGAUUCCAUCUGGUGUUUUCUAAUAUGAAGGUUUUUCUAAAUAAUGUUGCUGGUAUGACUUCCGUCUUUUUAGUUCAGCAACUGUCGGGUUUUGCUCACAUUGUAUAUGACUUUCAUUAAUAAUUUAUUUAUAUUGUCUGACUGAGUUUGGGGGAUUACUUGAUUGGUAUGUGUACUCUGCUUACACCUCUGUCACUGUGUAACAUGAACCCAGAUUGUGCUAUCUUAUUUUUUAAAAAUUCAAGUUUAAAUCUGACUUAUCCAGCAAAUAUUCUCCAUAACAAAACCUUAACACUCAUGUUUGUGGGACGUUUUAUCCCCUGUGGUCCCCAGCCAUGCAGAUCGUUACUGAUCUUUCAUUAUUGGAUUACUUUUGUCUUCUCUGAAUAAAGUCGGUGAACCAUU